CUGCUGCUCCCUCCGACUCUGAUGAGGACAUCUCUCGCUUCAAAACCAAAAAACAAAUGUCUGUUUCUGAAGAAGACGUGAAGACAGGAGGAGGAGGAGGGAAAGAGGAUGAAGGGUCUGAUGAUGACGAAGAGGAGGAGCCGUCCUCCAGGAGGGACAAGAAGAAGAAGAACAAAGGCAAAGCGAUGAAGGUGGACAGUGAUGAAGAGGAGGACCAGGAGGAAGACGGAGGAUCCAAGAUGAAGACGGCGGCUCAGAAGAAGGCGGAGAAGAAGGAGCGCGACAAGAAGAAGAAGGAGGAGGAGAGGAUGAAGAGGAUGAAGAUGAAGGAGAAGGAGAAGGAGAAGGAAGGCAGCGUGGAGCCCAAGAAGGAGCCAGAAGCCCCGCCCCCUCAGGAGGCUGCUCCAAUCGCAGCGGCCGAGGAGCAGGAGGAGGCGGAGCCUAUGGGAGAAGAGGAGGAGACGGAGGGCGACAAAAAGAAGAAAGACAAGAAGAAGAAGAAGGGGGAGAAGGAGAAGGAGGAGAAGAAGAAGGGACCCAGUAAAGCCACAGUGAAGGCCAUGCAGGAGGCGCUGGCCCAGAUGAAAGAGGAGGAGGAGACGGCCAGGAAGGAGGAGGAGGAGCGAGUUCUGAGGAUGGAGGAGAUGGAGAAGCAGAGGGAGGAGCAGGAGCGUUUGGAUCAGGAGCGGAAAGACAAGAAGAAGCUGAAGGAGAAGGAGAGGAAGGAGCGUCUGAAGAAAGAAGGGAAGCUCCUCACGAAAGCUCAGAAAGAUGCUCGAGCUCGAGCUGAAGCUACACUGAAGCUACUGCAGGCACAGGGAAUUGAAGUUCCGACCCGAGACGACUCGCUGCCGAAGAAGAAGCCGGUCUACGGAGACAAGAGGAAGAAGAAGGAGAAGGAGAAGCCUGCGCUCCAGACUCCAGAAGAACCAUCGGCGGUGGCCUCGCCGGUCCCAGAGACACCUGAGCCGGCUGCCGUUGUGACGGAGGCGGAGAAGCCGGCCGCAGUGCCCCCCCCACCUGAGGUGAAGCCAGACGCUGCUGUGGACGACUGGGAGGCCAUCGUCACGGACGAGGAGAAAGAGUUAAAGAAAGUCCACAUCGAGGUGAAGGAGGACGCUGCUCCUCAGCCUGCAGGCAGCGAGGAGGAGGAAGAGGAGGCGGACGAUGAGGAGGAAGACGAGGAGGAAGAGGAGAGCGAGGAGGAGGCGGAGAAAAAGGAGGCCACGCCCACAGCUCCUGCUCCUCAUCUUCAUCACGGGAAGAAGAGGAAGGAGAGCGAGAGCAGCAGCAGCGACGAUGAUGAUGGGAGGACGAAGGAGGAGCUACUCUACGACAGAGCGAAGAGGAGGAUAGAGAAACGUCGAGCAGAGAACAUAAAGAACAUCGAUCUGGACCGCCUCAGAUCUCCAGUGGUCUGCGUUCUGGGACACGUGGACACGGGGAAGACCAAGAUCCUGGACAAGCUGCGUCACACUAACGUUCAGGACGGAGAGGCAGGAGGCAUCACUCAGCAGAUCGGAGCCACCAACGUUCCCUUGGAAACCAUCGAGGAGCAGACCAGGAUGGUGAAGAACUUUAACAAAGCAGACCUGAGGAUCCCCGGCAUGCUGAUCAUCGACACACCUGGCCACGAGUCCUUCAGUAACCUGAGGAACCGAGGCAGUUCUCUGUGUGAUAUAGCCAUCCUGGUGGUGGACAUCAUGCACGGUCUGGAGCCUCAGACUCUGGAGUCCAUCAACCUUCUGAAGGAGAAGAAGUGCCCCUUCAUCGUGGCCCUCAACAAGGUGGACCGUCUGUACGACUGGAAGCGCAGCCCGGAGACGGACGUGGUGGCCACGCUGAAGAAGCAGAAGAAGAACACCAAGGACGAGUUUGACGAGAGAGUGAAGGCCGUCAUCGUGGAGUUCGCCCAGCAGGGUCUGAACGCGGCACUGUUCUUCGAGAACAAAGACCCCCGGACCUUCGUGUCUCUGGUGCCCACCUCGGCCCACAGCGGGGACGGCAUGGGGAACCUGAUCGCUCUAUUGGUCGAGCUCACUCAGACCAUGCUAGCUAAACGGCUAGCUCACUGCGACGAGCUGAGGGCGCAGGUCAUGGAGGUGAAAGCUCUCCCCGGGAUGGGCACCACGAUCGAUGUGAUCCUGAUCAACGGGACCCUGAGAGAGGGAGAGACCAUCAUCGUGCCGGGGGUGGAGGGACCAAUCGUAACGCAGAUCAGAGGCCUGCUGCUGCCCCCCCCCCUCAGGGAGCUCAGAGUCAAGAGUCAGUACGAGAAGCACAAGGAGGUCUCCACGGCUCAGGGGGUGAAGAUCCUGGGGAAAGAUCUGGAGAAAACUCUGGCUGGACUCCCUCUGCUGGUGGCUCACAAGGAGGAUGAGAUCCCUGUGCUCAGGGAUGAGUUGGUGCGCGAGCUGAAGCAGACGCUGAGCUGCAUCAAGCUGGAGGAUAAGGGGGUUUACGUGCAGGCGUCCACGCUCGGCUCUCUGGAGGCGCUGCUGGAGUUCCUGAGGACCUCCAAAGUGCCCUACGCCGGCAUCAACAUCGGCCCGGUUCACAAGAAGGACGUCAUGAGGGCGUCCGCCAUGCUGGAGCACGACAUUCAGUACGCGGCGAUCCUGGCGUUCGACGUGAAGAUAGAGAGAGAGAGUCAGGAAAUGGCCGACAGUCUGGGCGUUCGAAUCUUUUCUGCAGAAAUUAUUUAUCACCUGUUUGACGCCUUCACCAAAUACAGAGAAGACUACAAGAAGGCCAAGCAGGAGGAGUUCAAGAACAUUGCGGUGUUCCCAGCGAAGGUGAAGGUGCUCCCUCAGUUCAUCUUUAACUCCAGAGACCCCAUCGUGAUGGGCGUCACCAUCGAGGCCGGGGUCCUGAGGCAGGGGACGCCGCUCUGCGUGCCCGCUAAGGGGUUUGUGGACAUCGGCAUCGUGACGAGCAUCGAGAUGAACCAUAAAUCAGUGGAGAGCGCUAAGAAGGGUCAGGAGGUUUGCAUCAAGAUCGAGCCGAUCCCCGGGGAGGCGCCCAAGAUGUUCGGGAGACAUUUUGAAGCCACAGACAUGCUGGUGACCAAGAUCACGCGUGAGUCCAUCGACGCUCUGAAGAACUGGUUCAGAGACGAGAUGACGAAAGGAGACUGGCAGCUGAUCAUGGAGCUGAAGAAGACCUUCGAGAUCAUCUGAGGGAACACACACACUCUCUCACACACUCUCACACACUCACACACUCUCUCACACACUCUCACACACACACACACUCUCACACACACACACACACACUUUCUCCCUCAGAUGACGCCGGAAAAAGUAAAAAAAAAAAACUGAAAAAAGACGUGAAAAGUGUUUUUCUGUGAGAAACGAACAGUUCUUUCCACUGUUGUAAACAGUGAUAAUUACACACACACACACACACACACACACACACACACACACACACACACACACACACACACACACUCACACACACACACACACACACACACACACACACACACACAGUAUUCCAACGUGCCUGUUCUUCAGCAUCAACGUUGUGUUUCUUCUCUGAUUCGUGCCGGCUGCGCUCUCUCCUCCCGGCGUAUUGAGCUAAACGAGGAUCCAGCCCAGGUGCAUUGUGGGAUUUGUAGUGAACUAGUGAACAAGACCAGGAGCAAAAAAAGGAGGAUUUUUUGUUUCUCAAAACACCAAACCCUGGAAGCGGCGUCAGACUCUCUCCGGAACGUUUGGGUGAAAAACUGAGGAUUUAAAAAUGUUUCUGCUGAUGUAAUAAAUUCCCAGAAUUCCUGCAGUUUCA